AUGGAUUCCUUCACAUCCUUCUUCGAUUCGCGAGCGAGAACUGGCUGGAAUUACGAGUCCCUCAAGAAUUUCAGGCAGAUCUCCCCCGUUGUCCAGACGCAUCUCAAGCAGGUUUAUCUCGCGCUAUGCUGUGCACUGGUUGCGUCCGCUGUUGGAGCUUAUCUCCAUAUUAUUUGGAACAUUGGUGGUUUCCUCACAGCUCUCGGAUUGCUGGGUUGCAUUAUCUGGCUAUACUGUGAACCUGUUUACAAAGAGGUAAGAAAGAGAGUUUCACUUCUUAUGGCAGCAGCUGUCUUUGAAGGAGCUACGGUCGGUCCUUUGAUUGACUUUGCCAUUGAUUUUGACUCAAGCAUUCUUGUCGGAGCUUUUGUCGGUUGUGCGUUGGCCUUUGCUUCUUUCUCUGUAGCUGCCAUGGUGGCCAGGCGUAGGGAGUUUCUGUACCUUGGGGGUUUGCUUUCUUCUGGUCUCUCCAUCCUCCUGUGGUUGCAUUUUGCAUCCUCUAUUUUCGGUGGUUCAAUGGCUCUCUUCAAAUUCGAGCUGUACUUUGGGCUCCUGGUUUUUGUCGGCUACAUAGUAGUCGACACACAGGAUAUUAUCGAGAGAGCACAUCUGGGUGAUCUGGAUUAUGUGAAACAUGCUCUUACCCUAUUCUUUGACUUCGUUGCUGUGUUCUUAAGGAUUCUGAUCAUCAUGCUGAAGAAUGCGAGUGAGAAGGAAGAGAAGAAGAGGAAGAAGAGGAGAGACUGA